AUGUCGCGGCAGCAAGGCAUCUUGAGCAGCCAAAAAGACGUGUCGGCGCUCCUCCAGGCCGGAUUUGUGCAAAAGGCCUUGCACGCACUUCGCAUGCAGCACGCUGAGCCCUCUCUCCGGACAGCCAUUGAUGCAUACACGACAAGCAGCCUGGAUUCGACGGUGGCGGUGCUGUCCAACGCGACGCAGGACACUCAUUAUCCGCUGGACCGGCUCAGCAAUGGGAACGGGCUGCUGCAGGCAUGGCAAAAGACGGGAGCGGCAAAGUACAAGGCAGGCGUUGAGGCGCUGCGCAAGAGCGUGGAUUUGCAGCGCAGGAACGCAGAGGGGGGCCUCUGGUACUAUGUGUAUCCGUACUGGAGCUAUCUCGACGGCAUGUACAGCUAUGCGCCCUUUAUGACUGCGUACACGGAGGCAUUCAGCAGCUCUUCGUGCGAGCUCGAUGCGAUUGUGCUGCAGCUCGAUCUCCUGUGGCAGCACUGCUUCCACAACGAGACGGGGCUGCUGGUCCACGGGUACGACGCGCGUCGCAAGGCUGUGUGGGCGAACAAGGUGACGGGGGCCAGCCCGCACGUGUGGGGGCGCAGCUUGGGGUGGUACUGCAUGGCGCUCGUCGACAUGCUGGAGUUGCUUCCGGCGACGGCGUCGGAAUCGAGGGCGUACGUCACGACGCGCUUCCAACAGCUCAUGGCGGCGGUGACGCGGGCAGCAGAUGACAAGACGGGGGCAUGGUGGCAGAUUCUCGACGAGCCGGGGCGCGAGGGCAAUUACAUUGAGAGCAGCGCAAGCAGCAUGUUUGUGUACUCGCUGCUCAAGGGCUUGCGGCUGGGUGCGCUGAGCGCAGCGUGUCAAGUCAGUGCCGGUGUGUAUGAAAAAACGGCGAACAGAGCCUACGAGUACAUUGCCAAGACAUUUGUCGUGGACAACGGCAACGGGACGCUGGGAUGGAACGGCACCGUGGGCGUGUGCAGCUUGAACUCGACGGCAGACUACGAGUACUAUGUCACGCGGCCGCUGGUCUACAACAGCGUGCUGGGGAGUGCGGCGUUUGUGCUGGCGAGCCUGGAGUACGAGCGGCUGGGUGGAUUGAGGGGAACCAAAAGCCACGAAAAAUAA